AUCCAAGUGGGUUACGUUGAAGAGGAGUUCAGGAAUAAAACAGGAGCCCAAAGCUUUUGCAAACACACUAAAGAAAGGCUCCGCAUUCAUCACACCAGUGCCGGGCUGUAUUGUGUUCGCAAAGGGAUUGUUUUCUUUUUAAAGCGAAACCUCUCCAUUCAUUCAUUCCGCAGAUUCAAAAGAGAACCAUACAUUUGUUGCUUCCAAAAAGUUUCUUAGUUUACGAUUUCCACAACCAACAAGCUUCCCUUUCGGGACGAACUUUUUUGUGCUGAAAACAAAAAUACGAACUUAAGGAAAAGGCGGAACGUCCGAUAGGAAUAACGCAGGCGAGAGACUUAAAAAAAAUAAGUUACUUUAACAUUUCGGCUACGGAUUUUACAACAAUUCCACACAUGCAGAGCUACAAAUACGACAAAGCUAUGCCUGCCGACAACAGAAAUGGUGGGACUUCAACUCUGAAUAAUAAGGACCACAAAAAGUUCAUGUUAAUCUGCUUGGAUCUCUUUUGCUUAUUUCUUGCUGGCUUCCCUUUCCUGGUUAUCGAAACUAGCACCAUCAAACCUUAUAAGCGUGGAUUUUACUGCAAUGACGAAAGCAUCAAGUAUCCCUAUAAGAAUGGAGAAACAAUCAGUGAUGCUGUGCUUUGUGCGGCUGGUAUUCUAAUCACCAUCCUCUCUAUAAUAUCAGGAGAAUGCUACCGGAUCCAUUACAUGAAGGAGCGUUCCAAGUCCUUUAUUCGCAACCCAUAUGUAGCUGCUCUGUAUAGACAAGUCGGCUGCUUCAUCUUUGGCUGUGCUAUCAGUCAGUCCUUCACUGACAUUGCAAAAGUGUCUGUCGGUCGCCUGAGGCCACACUUCCUAGAUAUUUGCAAUCCAAAUUUUUCAACCAUCAACUGUUCCCUGGGUUACAUUGUGGACUUUGAAUGCAGAGGCAAUGAAAGCAAAGUUCAGGAAGCAAGGAAGUCGUUCUUUUCAGGACAUGCCUCCUUCUCUUUAUAUACCAUGUUGUAUUUGGCAUUUUAUCUGCAGGCUCGCUUCACAUGGAGAGGAGGCCGGGUCCUUCGACCCUUGCUCCAGUUCACCCUGGUGAUGAUGGCUUUCUACACUGGUCUGUCUCGAGUUUCAGACCAUAAGCAUCAUCCCACAGACGUUUUGGCCGGCUUUGUGCAGGGAGCCCUGGUGGCUUAUUUCAUUGCCUUCCACGUGUCCAAUCUUUUCAAACCCAAGAUGAAGAUAACCCCUCCACCUGUGAGAAGAGAGAUAAUUACCCCUGUGGACAUCAUUGACAGGAACAACCACCAUGGGAUCUGAUAAUCACCUUUGCGAUAUGGAAAAUGUGUAUUAUCAGCAACAAAUCAAAAUGGACUGACGCUGGAGCAGAAAUCAAAAGAGAAAAUAGUGACUGCUGAACAGCAAGUUUGCUGCUCUAAUCUCAUCAGACAGUAGAAUGUAGGGGGAAAGACAUUUUAUCCACAGUCCUGCGGGGAUGUGUACCAUAGCAGCAUUUUAAUCAUACCGCAAAAAUCACACGGAAGGCAUGAAAACUAAGCUUGUGAAUUUGUUUUGAACUGGUCAACGUUGGCCACAAAUGAAUGAAAGCAUUUGUUCAACGAAAGGAAAAGAAACUUUAUAAUAAACAUCACGCGCAAAAGCAUAACAGUGGCCGUCUCAUUGUAAGCGACGAGGACCAUGGCAGCAAACUUUCAUAUUUUAUAUAUAAAUAUAUAAAAAACUAAAACAAGAUAACUAUGUAAAAUAUUAUUUCUGAAUCAAUCUUUUUUUAGAUAUUUUAUCCACUGCAAUUAAAACUGUUAUGUGUCUCGACCUGUGUUACAAAGUGCUGCUUAAAAAAAUAGCAUUGAUUUAAAAAAAACAUAUUUUGUAUGUAGUCAACUAAAGUAUUAUAAGCUUUUUUGAGGUGAGAGAAUAUUGUUUGAUAAAACUACAGCCAGAGCCACUUGCAUCAAUAAUAAACAACACACUAAGUCAUUUGUUAGUUCUUUAUAUUAUGUUUUGUAAAUAAAUGUUUAGCUUCAACUUAUUUCUAGUAGAAUUUGAAUGUUAACAUCUGACUAUUUUUCUGAUGUAAUUAGCUGUAUGUUUUGGUUAUGUGCUUUUAAAAUAAAAGCUUCUAAUGGACAGCG